AUGGGUUUUGGGAACUUGACCAGGUUAAUCUCUCUUGACAUGGGUCGUAACAGCUUCAACGGCACGAUCCCUCCUGAUUUGUUUUCCAUAAAGACUCUUCAGCACCUUGACUUAAGCAUGAAUGCUAUCGGUGGUACGUUGAGUGGUGACAUCAAAGAACUCAAGAAUCUGGAGGAACUGUUUUUAGAUGAGAAUCUUAUUAUUGGAGGAGAGAUUCCUCCUGAAAUUGUUAACAAAGCUCGAAACAAUAUUCAGAUGAAUUUCAUGUCCUUUAAGAUCCCAUAUGGUAUUGGCAGCUUGGUCAAUCUCUCAACUCUGUCUAUGAGUAGGAACAAUUUCUCCGGUGGAAUUCCAUCGUCAAUUCAAAAUCUAACAAAUCUCGAAACCCUUGAGCUUGAGAAUAACAGUGGCUUGUCAGGUGAGAUUCCCACAUGGCUAUUUCAUCUUCAGAAGCUGAGGAAACUGCGUCUCGGAGGAAACAAACUCCAAUGGAACAAGAAUGGCUCUAUCUUUCCACAGUCUAAGUUAACACAUCUGUCACUUAGUUCUUGUGGUUUAGAAGGGAAAAUUCCGGAUUGGCUCAAGAAUCAAACAGAUCUUUAUUUCUUGGAUUUGAGCUUGAAUAGACUCGAAGGAAGCUUCCCCAAAUGGCUGGCUGAUCUGAAAAUGGAAAAUAUAAUAUUGUCAGACAACAGACUCUCAGGUCGUAUCCCUAACACCGUUGGAGAAACAUCACUUAUGAUACUGAAGCUGUCUGAAAACAACUUCUCAGGAUCAGUACCAAAGUCUAUAGCAAAUAUUUACAGGCUGCUGUGGCUGGACUUGUCAAAGAACAAGUUAUCAGGCGAAUUCCCAAGAUUCAGCCAACAUUCAUUGCUUGCAUUGCUCGACAUAUCUUCGAACGAGUUAUCUGGAGAUGUUCCAGCUUCUUUUGGGUUAAACACCGUAAGUCUCACCAUGAGUAAGAACAAUUUCAGCGGCGAAUUCCCUGAGGAAUUCACAAAACUCUCAUUUCUAAAGCAUCUUGACCUUCAUGACAACAAAAUCUCGGGUAUGUUCCCUAGCUUUAUCUCCAGGCUAUCUCAGUCUCUUGAGGUUCUUAGCCUGAGAAACAAUUUCCUCAAAGGUUCAAUCACAGAAGACAUAUCAACUCUCACAAGUCUCAAGGUCUUAGAUCUCUCUGAGAACAGCCUCGAUGGAACUCUUCCUUCAAAUCUUGGCAAUCUCACAGGAAUGGUAGAAUCCCCCACGAGCUCUUCUUCAAUUGUUUCUAGCUUCAUUUCCGAAAUAACCGACUUAUCAGAGAUCGAAUCACAAGACUUGGAAGUGAAUUGGAAGAGAGUAAAGCAAGUUAUUUCCAACAGAAACUUUUACCUCUACACUUGUCCUGUUCGUUUGGUUGCCGCGGUUUUCGGCGUCGGCAUCGGCGGCUGCGUCGGCGUCGUUUGGUUGUUGUUCGUUUUGUUGACGCCGACGCCGACGCUGCCGCAGAUUGUUGUUCGUUUCUGA